UACACCGACUUUCAUAAUGAUUGUCUCUAUAUGUCCCUCGCAGUCGAUGCCCUCGAGCUCGAGCAUCGACUCACCAGAAAAGGGCCCGCAUAUCUAUAUCUCCAGGCCCAAAAUCCUUCACCAAAACGAUGGCGGCCCCGUCGUUGCCUUACCUGCUCCUUUCCCUGACCAUGAUGAGAAGGUGGAUCCGUUCGCUCUGAAAUGCAUAUUCGCAGGAAUAUUCGAAUGCGAUAAAUCGUUUGAAGACCCCGAAGACUGGAAACUUCACGUCACCAGCCACCUCAUGUCGCAUCCUCCACCGAGUAAAGUCAGCUGCAUAGUUUGCAAGCAGGCCUUUUCAAAUCCACAGCAUCAACCACAACAACUGCAGCAUCAGCAUCAUCAUCAGCCUGUGGGAGGAGAGGCCUGGCAGAACAUGCUGGAUCAUGUCCUUGAUGAACACCCGCGAUGGGGAGCUUGCUGCCAGGUAGAACCGUGUCCUGACUUCGAUCUGAUGCGCCAUAUGUAUUGCAUGGGUAUCAUAUCGACGGAGCAGUUCAAACUGCUGCAGCUCACGAGAGAGACGCCACCGCAUCUUCCACAGAAUGGCUCGGCUGCAGAGCCAUACUUUAUUCAGACCAGCUCUCGAAGGGAACGUAGACAGAGGCGACCCCGUCUUUCGAAUGCUUGCCCAAGGUCAAAGAUUAACCCGUAG